AUAGCAUUAAGAAAAUGGAGGUGGAAGCUAGAGUAAGUGUACAGGCAAUGAGGGGACGAUUUGAGCAGCUACAUGAAGAAUCUCCGUCUGCAAAUUCUCCCACCCAGAAAAUCAAUACUUCUCCAGUUAGAACACGAACCACUUCAGUCAUUAGUAAGGAUACACCAAAAUGUGACAAAGAAACAAAGACUCAGAAAUUGGUGCAUACCACAGAGAUGGAUGAACCAGACCAAAAUCUUAUGAUUUCCAGUAUAAAAAAUGGCGAAGUGAAAGACCCCAAGAAUGAUUCAUUAUCCAAAAUUAUAUCACCAGUCCUUCUUAGCUUAGAAAUGACUAUGGAUGUUUCUCAAAGGAAGCAUUCUGUUGAUAGUCAAGCACAAAGGAGAUAUCAGUCAGAAAAACGACCUUUCGGUAUGCAUUCAAGAGGCUUGCUGAAUAAAAGUGCCGGUGAGAUGUUAGAUAACUGUGGUGCCGAGAUAAAGCCCAGUGUUGUCCGAAGGAUACCAGUUUUUAAGUCAGUUGACACAGGACUUAAUUCUGAGAAUACGUUCAGUAAAGAAGAAGAAAAAGUUGACGAUUCUAUCACUGAAUGUCAUGAGAAGAGGGGAAGGUUUUUUGGACACAUUCGCUCCAGAUCACAUGGAAGUUUCAUUAUUAAAAGGGAUCAAAGUGUUGAAAAGAAGAGUGACAGCAUUAUAAAGCAGAAGGAAAGCAUAUUAAACAAAGACUGGCUUAGUCAAAAGAAGAAAGUGAAAAGUAGUGAUCACUUGUUAAACAAUCAAGAUUCUAAAAGUAAUUCAACAUUUGAAGGUAAACAAAAAAUUGUGGCUAAUGUAGUGAAAAAUAUGAAAAACAAAGAAAGAUCAAAAGUAUUCAGAAAGUUAAGUUUUUCUUCAAAAUUCGAGAAGGAAAUAAAAAAUAAAAAGGAGAAAUCGGUAACUCCAGGUUCGAAAGACAGAAGAAAUGGUCUAAUUCCUUCACCAGAUAAAGCUGACAAUUUUCAGGUAAAAGCUGAAACAAAUGCCAAAGAUUCUAAGAUAGAUAGAGGGCAUAAACGAAACAUUGACAAUAAACAAAGAUCUAAUGGGCAUAAAUCUGGAGCAUCAUUGGGAACAGUAUCGGUUGCAAAAGCUGUUGCAGAUGCUACACGCAAACUCUCAGGUACAGUAGCUUCAGAUACUGUUCAGAGUAUUUCUUCGUCAUGCAGUGGAAACACAUUUGCUGUUCCUCCUGCGCGACCCCCAAGACGUAGGUCUUCUGGAGCUGGCUUGACCCACAAAAAGGGAAAAGCCCCUUCACCUCCAAGCCAGCCUUCACCAUCUCCAGUGUCAGGGAAUAAAACAAUGUGUGACAAAUAUGUAGUCAACACUUAUAAUACUGAUGAUUUUUUGCAUUCUUCAUGUAUAAGCAAUACAGAAAUGUCCCUAGAACAUAGACUUUCUCCAGAUUUUAUUGCAAACAGGUGUAGAGAGUCUCCAGAUCUUAGUAAAUCAUCUGAAUCACUUUUGUCAUCCCAUUCUUUUGAGAAGACCAGGGAGAAUUCUCCAAUAAUAACUGACAGUAGCUCACCAUCUUUAAGUAAGAGAUGUGCAAUAGCCCGUAGUCCUUUACCUAAUUCAAUGAAUGACCAAAUAAAAAGUGAAUAUGCAGGGAAAAGUAUAGCAUUCAGGAGUGAGUUACAGUCAGUUCAGUUAGAAAAUAAAGAAAUAGAUGUAUCAACCAAGAACCAUAUGUCAGAAAAACAGUGCAUAGCUACAUCAAGAGCCACAGAAUUUCUCAGAGAGAAAGGCACUAAUGAUAGCCUGUUGGAAGCUACUGAAAGUGAAAAAUCAGAGUGUUUACCAGCAGGUCCACCUCCUAGAAAACCACCAAGAACCUUCGCUUAUGACAUUUAUAAGAAUGUUAAAACGCCAAAAAGUGAAGAAGAUACUGGUGAACUUAACGAAAAUUCUAAAUCUUCAACACCACCUCCACAACCCAUCUAUGCUGUUCCACUGAAGAAGAAAAAGAACACUAAGACAUUUUCUCCUAAGCCACCAGUGAGAAGUAAAAGUGAUUUGACAAAUAAAGACAUUUCAAAGCCAUCCAUUGCUCCUAAACCUGCUCAUAUCAUCACCAAAGCCAAAAGAGCAUCAAUGGUUGAUCCUCUUUCUAGUACUGAGAAAGAUGAGGAAGCAGCCAUAACAUCAGAAUUUCAACGACAAGCACAUAUUCGCUACAGUCUACGAAGGCCAAAGAAACCACCCCCUGCUCCUCCACCAUACACAGAAAUGGAGGGAAAUAUUAAUUAUUAUGCCAAUAACCCAAGCAUUCCUGACAUCAUGACUAAACUUCAUGCAGACAGGAGGUGCUCACUGAAUGAGCAAAUACACCGACAUAUUAUCUUACCUGGCUUUAAGAAUGUUUGGGAUGUGAACAGUAACCAUCAAGAAAUAUAUGAUAAUGAGAAUAACCUCAGAGAAUUAUUAGAUUUAAAAACCUCCCACUCAAAGUCCCUCUCUUCAAGCCAAGGAUUUCUUACCAAUGAUUAUGAGGACAUAAAAUCCUGCACAGCAGCUGUUAGAGCAACAUCUAGCUGUGACUUCAAAGAAGCAAGCUCACCCUCGCUAGACAAUGAUCAACCACUCUCACUUGGUUACUGCUCUGUGGAUAAAUCUUCAACUGAUGUCGCGUAUCUUUACAAAAAGCGCAGCAUGAGUGAUGAAACUCUCUACAAGGGAUCUAGGCGUGGAGAUGAACCAAUAUAUGCAACACCUUUCACCCACACUAAAGGAUCUUUCACUCAAGACCACCAGAGAGAGCUUCAUUAUAUGUGUUCCAUACUUUUCACUGAUGAGGAGGAAUCAGAUGCAGGCCGGGAUGGAAACGAGUGUGGCCGAAGAAACAGGAGGAACAGCACACACUGCAAGGAGAGGAUGCUGGGCAAUGAUGUUUCUGAUGGAAAUAGGGGAAGAUCCAGUUUGAUUUCUGCCUGGAAGAGAGACUUUCGACAGAGUUGCCGUCAGGUUCAAAAUAAAAUAAAGAAAACUGUAAUCAGAUAGUAAGAAUUUAGUCUUCAGUGCAAUAAUCCUUAAAUAUGAGAAAAUUUAUUACUAAUAAAAUAGGUACUUCAGACAUAGCAAGAUUUUUAUCUAGCUUUAAUGGCUGGCUGGCUCUUGUAAAGGAAAAUUAUUGAACAGCAUAUUUGUAAAUACUAUAUACUCUUUGCCUUUCUAAUAAGAGUUGAAAUAAUAAUGGGCAAGUGCUCCUAUUAGAAUUUGUUAAACCCAUUUGCUUUAAUAAAAGUAUGUUGUAAAAUUAUGUUGCAAAACAUAAUCAGACCAAAGCUACUUUUAAGUGUUAUUUUUGCAUGGUUAUCCUCUAUUUCAAGUGUAUCCACUUUUUCUGAUGAGAGCAUUAAAAUUAAGUGCAUCAUGUUCAAGGUUCUCAGUUGCAUGUAAAAAGUUGACGAGAAAACUUAGAUUAAACUUUAAUGCCAUAUGCUUUGGUCAGAUAAAAGUAUAA